CGUGAACAUGAUGUGUUGUGUUUGUGAUGAAUUGUGGACUGCAAAAUAUUCAGGACCAGAUCAUUGCAUGCAUGCUUGCUGAGAACUUGAGGGAUCUUGCGAGACAAUCAAUAGGGUCUGUCUCACUUUUUUCUGCAUUGGUUUUGGGUUGUACUGAGUACUCCAUAAUGAGAACUAAACCUAUCGGAGGCAUACUUUUCAUGAUUGGAUGGAUGGCAGGACUCAUGAUAGUAUGUUAUGCAGGAGAAAGGCUUAUGGAGGAAAUUGUCUCUGUUGGUGCUGCCAUCUCAGAAUCACAGUGGUAUAUCACUGAUGGUGAAACCAAGAAAGAUAUCGUGUUCAUACUUCUCAGAUCACAAAAACCAAUAUACUUAGAAGCCGCACCAAUUGGUAUCUUGAACUAUGCAUUAUUUGUGAUGAUUCUUCGAACAUCAUAUUCCUACAUGACUCUGCUCAACCAGACUGCUUGAAUAAUCGAAGCACAAUAACCUUGAAAUGCACUUUGUCUCGAUUCAAAUUAUGUAAUGAAAUGUAUCAAUAAAU